AAUUUAGCUGAGAGACAAAGAAAAGCAGCAGAAGAUCGACAGAAAAUGGAAAAGGAUUUGGAGGAGGCCAAACGCAGUUUUGAAAAAGCCACUGAAGAGUUGCAGGGAAAACUUCGGAGGCAGAGUAGUUUGGUUGAUGCAGAGAUCCACACCAAGGUGGCAAAGGCAGAAGAAGACAUGUCUAGAGAGUGGCAGAAAAAAUGUGACCGUCUGCUGGCGACUGCUGAUCAGCAGCACAAGAGACAAGUGAUAAAUCUGAAGGAUGAAAAGGAGGAGCUUGUUCGUAGAGUUUCUGAUUUGGAAACAAAGCUGGCUUCAAUUCGAUCUUCAGGAUCUCAUGCAGAAAAGGAAAUCACUCAGUUGAAGGAUGAAUUAGCAGAGAUGAAACUAUGGAAGGACAAGUAUGAUCAUCUGCGUGCACAGGCCAGUGCAAUGAAAGAAAGACAUGAAAGGAGAAUCAAAGAGUUACAACAGGAAAAACAAGAAGAAGAAAGAACAAAAAAUGAAAUAGAAGAAAAAAUCAGGGAACAGCAGCAGCUCCUUCAACAAAAACUACAGCUAGUGCAGCAGGAGUAUGAUAACCAUCGCAAACAAAAUGCAUCAAUAACAGAAAACUACGAGAGGAAGUUUGAACAACUAGAGAAAGAGAAAGAGGCAGAGAAAGAGAAGAGAGAGGAAGUUGUAGAAAAGGCUAGAAAACUUCGACUGCGUCAGCAGCUAAAGAUACAACAGUUACAACAGCAAGUACAGAAUCUUCAGUCAGAGAUGGUCCUGAGAGAGUCUACACUUCGGAACUCUGAUGUGUCCUCUUUAGCAUCAGCUGCUGUUGCUACUGUGCCAUUUUCUACUAGAGUUCAUAGUGUUGGUCCAGUGGUUCCCCAGGCUGCUGAGCCAGUGUAUGACAGUGUCCAGGCAGAGGGAGCAACAUUUCACAGAAGUCAAACAGAAUUUUCUCAGUCAGUAGAGCCUUCAUAUGCCAGUGUCCAAACACCUGAGUUAACAGAGUCAGGAGAGCCUUCAAAAGCCAGUGUCCAAAUACCAGAGUUAGCAGAGUCAGUAGAGCCUUCAAAAGCCAGUGUCCAAAUACCAGAGUCAGCAGAGUCAGUAGAGCCUUCAAAAGCCAGUGUCCAAAUACCUGAGUCACCUGUGUUGUCUUCAUUAUCACCAACUCUGACAGCUGAUUCAAUAAAUCUACAAACAUUGAUACCAGCAGCCAUCCAGACAGAUGUGCUAACUUUUGCUCCAGCAAAUAUGUCAGAAAAUCCCUACUCAGACAUUCUUACAGAUGUUAUUGCAGUCAAAAGUGUGACAGAGAAUGGAACCACAUUCACACCUCAGUCAGAAAAUGAUGUCAUAUCUAUACACUUAGAGAAUGAUGCCAAAACUAAGGCAGAGGAUGAAAUUACAUCCAAACUUCUGUCAGAAAAUGAUUCCAAAACUGAGGCAGUAGAUGAUGUGACAUCCAGAAUUCUUUCAGAUAGUGAUUCCAGUACUGAGGCAGCAGACGAUGUGACAUCCAGAAUUCUUUCAGAAAGUGAUUCCAAUACUGAGGCAGCAGACGAUGUGACAAAUAGAGUUCUUUCAGAAAAUGGUUCCAAAACUGAGGCAGCAGACGAUGUGACAAUCAGAGUUCUUUCAGAUAAUGAUUCCAAAACUGAGGCAGCAGAUGAUGUGAAAUCCAGAGUUCUUUCAGAAAAUGAUUCAAAAACUGAGGCAGUAGAUGAUGUGACAUCCAAACUUCUUUCAGAAAGUGAUUCCAAUACUGAGGCAGCAGAUGAUGUGACAUCCAGUGUUCUUUCAGGGAAUGAUGUCAAAUCUCAGACAGAAGAGGAUGUCAGACCUGAGGCAGAGGAUGAGAUAGAUACUUAUGACACAAAGACAACUGAAACAGAGAUUGGCUUUUACAAAACUGCACUGGAGCCUUAUGGUGUAUCCACAACUGAUGCAGCUACUGUGGAAGAAAGUCAAGUGAUACUGGAAAAUGAUGUCAAGAGAGAUGUCAUGUCCAAAACUGACAUAGAAAAUGAUGUUACAUCUGAACCUGAGACUGAGAAUUGUCUCACAUCUGAAACGGAAGUAGACAAUGGGGUCUUAAUAAAAAAUGCAGCAGAAAAUUCUCAUUUGGCAAACAAUAUAAAAGAAAAUUUUGUGCUAUCAAAAGUUGAGGUGGAGAAUGAAGUCACACCCAAAGCUGGGUUAAAUAACGAGGAAAUAACAGGCAAGACAGAGAGUGGUGUUGUAUCUAAUAGCAAGAAAGAGGACUUUUUCAAACCCAAAGCUGAGACUGAGGAUGUUGUAUCCAUAACUGAGACAGAGAGCGGUGUUGUAUCCAAAACUGAGACAGAGAGCAAUGUUGUAUCCACAACUGAGACAGAGAGCAAUGUUGUAUCCAUAACUGAGACAGAGAGCAAUGUUGUAUCCACAACUGAGGCAGAAAGUAAUGUUGUAUCUCAAACCAAGGAAGAGGAUUAUGUCGGUCCAAAAACUGAGACAGAGAAAGAUAUCAUUCUAAAAACUAAAGCAGAGAACAAUGUCAUAUCUAUAGUUGAUACAGAGAAUGAUGUCUCAUCCAGUGUUUAUGCCAAAAAUGACAGCUCACCUAAUGUUGAUUCAGAAAAUGAUGUCACAUCCAAAGUUGAUGUAGAUAAAGAUGUCCUAUAUAAAGUUGAUGCAAAAAUUGAUGUUAUAUCCACUGUUGAUGCAGAAAAUAAUUUCACACCCAAAACUGAUGAGGAAAAUGAGAUCACAUCCAAAGUUGAUACAGAGAAUUAUAUCACACCCAGAGCUGAUGCAGAGAAUGAUGUAACAUCCAAAAUUCAGGCUGAACAUGAUGAUACAUCUCUAAGAGAUGGGGAUAAUAAUGAUGAUGUUUUAUCUGAAGCGGAGACAGAGAAGGAGUCAUUAAAGCCUGUGACAGAACACAAUGUUGUGCUCACAAAUGAGGCAGAAGACAAUGACAAAGCAGACAAUGAUGUCACAUCUGAAAUUGUUACUGAUGAUGAUGUGUCUCCAAGUGACACAACAAAUGAUGUUGCAUCCACAGCUGAUACAACAAAUGCUGUUGCAUCCACAGCUGAUACAACAAAUGAUGUUGCAUCCACAACUGAUACAACAAAUGACUUCUUAUUAGAAUCUGAGGCAGAGAAUAAUAUUGUACUGAAAUCUGAGACAGAACACAAUAUUAUGUUCAGCGCUAGAAGCAGUAAUGAUAUCAAGUCCAGCAGUGAGUCAGAGGAAGAUGUUUGGACCAAGCUUAAGACACCAAAUACUGAAUUGAUUGAAACUAAGUCAGCAAGUGAGACCCUAUCCCAAGCUGAGUCAAAGAAUAAUGUUAAACCAGAAAUAAGUGCUGAGUCAAUUGUCAUUUAUGAUGUUGGAUUAUCGGUGGAGGAGGAGUUUAAGCCAUCCAUUCAUUCAGGUCAUUUGGGAAUAGUACAAUCUGAUGUAAGUUCAUCAGCAGAAGGGGAGGAUUUCCCAGAAGUUCUUUUAAAGAAAGUUGAGAAAAUACAGUCUGAUGUCAGAACAGCAGACAAGAAUGUAGAAGAAACAAACACAAAUGUAGAAAAAGCACACACAAGUUUAGAAGAAGAUGUAGAAAAAGAAGACAGGGGUGUAGAAGGGAAUGCAGAAGAAGCAGACAAGAAUGUAGAAGAAGCAGACAAGAGUGUAGCAGAAAAUGUAGAAGAAGCAGACAAGAGUGUGGAAGAAGCAGACAAGAAUGCAGAAGAAGCAGAUAAGAGUUUAGAAGAAACAGACAAGAAUGUAGAAGAGGCAGACAAGAAUGUAGAAGAAGCAGACAGGAGUGUAGAAGAAACAGACAAGAUUGUAGCAGAAAAUGUAGAAAAGGCAGACAAGAGUGUGGAAGAAGUAGACAAGAAUGCAGAAGAAUCAGAUAAGAGUUUAGAAGAAACAGACAAGAAUUUAGAAGAGGCAGACAAGAGUGUAGAAGAAACAGACAAGAUUGUAGCAGAAAAUGUAGAAAAGGCAGACAAGAGUUUAGAAGAAACAGACAAAAAUGCAGAAGAAGCAGACAAGAAUGUAGAAGAAACAGACAAGAAUGCAGAAGAAGCAGACAAGAAUGUAGAAGAAACAGACAAGAUUGUAGCAGAAAAUGUAGAAAAGGUAGACAAGAGUGUGGAAGAAGCAGACAAGAAUGCAGAAGAAUCAGACAAGAGUGUCGAAGAGGCAGAAAGAAAUGUAGAAGAAGCAGACAAGAGUGUGGAAGAAGCAGACAAGAAUAUAGAAAUAGCAGAAAGAGGUGACAUUUCUCUUUCUCUGGCUAAAGCAAAAAUUGAAGGAAAGGACACUACUGAGGGACAGGGAUUGCCUAAUGACAGUACAGUGGUGAACCCAGAUCUAAUCAGUGAUGCAAAGAAGUCUCUACCGCUGUUUGGUGAUCGUAAAGAUGGUGAUGAAGACAGCCUGCUGUUUGGCAGUGACAACACAGUGUUUGAUACCUUUGGGGAAGAUUUCAACCCUAAACCAUUCUUUGAUGGUGAUGAUAAUACAAAGCCAGUAACAAAAUAUGAAGCCAAUUCACCACAAGGCAGGACUGACAGAAAGUCUACCCCUGGGACUGAUGAG